AUUCCACAGGAAAAAUCCUGUUGCUGUCACACGAAAAUCCUGUUGCAGCGCCUAUUUUUUCUUUCCGUGUAGUGAUUAAAUAAAUAUACAAUCAUCCGCUCCGCAUUUACUCCGCGUUCACUUUGUUAAUUUUUUACUAAUUACUUAUACCAAAAUUAGAGUUUAAUAAUUAUUUUGCUAAUUACUUUUAAUUGAGAAUUUUUUGAGAUGAUCGACUAACUUCAUGUUAAUAGAAGUGUAUUAUUAUACUAUUGAUGAUAAAAAUUAAAUUUAUAAGUAAAGUUAAGUAAAAUAAUUAAUUCGAGUAAAAAUAUAUCAACUAUUGGGUUGAAAUGAGGUGGAGAAAUUCAUUGUAUCGUUCAAAAAGUAUACCGGUUACUGAAGAUGAUUGCUCUUAUGUGUGGAAAAUACCAGCCGACAAACGGUGUGAAUGGGUUAGGAGUACAAGUGACUGUAAAUUAAACUCAUACAUCCAAUAUGCAGAAAUACUUUUCUGUACAUUCGAUUCAAACACGUCAUAUCUUUUCAUCCUCGGAAUUACAUUGUCUGUUUUAUGGCUAUUAUAUUUAUUUCUCAUACUAGGAACAACAGCUGACAACUUUUUUUGUCCCUCAUUAGCAGUAAUUGCAGAUGUGCUUCGCUUGUCUGAAAAUAUCGCUGGUGUAACGAUUUUAGCAUUUGGAAAUGGUGCACCUGACGUAUUUACUUCUUUGGUUUCGGAAGAGGGUGUUGGUGAAUUAAUAAUGUUUGUAGAAUUAAUAGGAGCUGGAGUAUUUGUGACAGCAGUUAUUGCCGGUACUAUUGGAAUCAUUGCCCCGUUUGAAAUUAUUGCCAAGACAUUUAUGCGCGACUGUUGUUUUUACAUUUUAUCUAUAAUUUGGAUAUCAUAUAUAUCUGAAGACGAUGUUAUUGAAUUGUGGGAAAGUCUGAGUUUACUUUUAAUUUACAUAUUAUUUAUUAUUACUGUGGUCGUAAUGCAGUGGGUCGAUAAUCGCGAAUCCAGUCGUAAAGCUAAAAUUUUACAAAUUCAAGACGACGAUAUGUUGCAAUCAUAUUUGUCACCAAAAACAGCGGCUGCGCAUAUCAGUAAACCAGUUAAAGUUGGCCCAUUUAGUAUUAAAACUAAAAUAGAUCUUGCAAUAGCUGCGGAAAUAUCUAAAAUCCAUUUAGACAGUGAUGAGCUCCGAGCAAGCUCACUGGCAGCAUUGUCAUUCCAAACAGGUCGUCCUACAGGUUUAUUUGUUGAGUUUAUAUUUGACAUGAAUCCUAUAAAAGUGUACGACUGGAGAAAUGCUAAUAUUUUACUAAAAUUUGUACUUAUUUUACGUGCACCGAUAAUGAUUAUUCUGCAAUUUAUUAUACCAGUUGUCAACCAAACUGUCGAAAAGUCUGGUUGGUCCAAAUUACUCAACAGUAUUCAACUUUGCGUUUUGCCCACAAUAGCAAUCGUCAUUUUACAAUAUCAUGAUGUUAAACUUGGACCAUUGCCAUUAGUUGUAAUUAUAUUAAUCCUCGGUGGUAUAGCAUCUGCGAUUCUAAUUGCUAAAACUAGUCUUGAUGAACCACCGAAAUAUCACAAUGCUUUUGCACUUCUGGGAUUUUCGGGAGCAACCCUAGUGGUCUGGGUGAUAGCAAGCGAAGUGAUGGCUGUCCUAGAGAGUAUCGGUUUUGCCAGUGGAAUAUCCGACGCUAUGUUAGGAUUAACCCUUCUAGCAUGGGGUAACAGCGUUGGAGGAGAAUGAUUCCCGGUGGACAUUUCACCGAGCAGAAAGAAAAUUUUAAAUGAAAAUGUUGAGUUUAUUCAAACCGAUGAAUUCAACACGACCUGCAGUACUAAACUGAUGCUGAUGCUGUGGUAUCAGUUGGAAUUUAAUGAAUGCCGUGAGGUGGAUGUAACAAAUUAGUUUUUGAAGUACACACGACAGAUGGGACAGAUGAUCGUUCAGCUGUAAUUGAAAUUUUCAGUAAUUCCAAUGCAGACUAUGUCUAAUGAGCUAAAAUCUCGUAAAAGCCUGUCAGUCCCGUAACAUAAUAGGUCUACUCGACUGCUAUAUAUUUUAAAAUAUACGUCAAAAGGCAUUUAUUUUACUGACAAUCAUACACCCCCGUUAAAUUUUAUGCUUAAAGAGGAUUUUCUUUCACUAAAUUUCAUUUUUGCCUUAAAUUAAUUGGCGGAAAUUAAAUCCAGGACUAUUGUAAAUCUCGUUUUACUCAUAUUAUUUCAGGAUUUAUAAUAGAAUAUGAUGAUAAAAAUAUAUAAAAUUAUGAAACAAUUUUAAUUUAAUGAACGUUGAUUUUUGUCGAUAACUGAGAGGUGAAAAUAACGGUAUCGUAAAGUCGAGAGAAAUUUUCAUGAAUAUUAUAAAACGAACAUUCGAGACCA